AUGGAUGAAGCUGGCAUUGAACAAGAACAACUACUUUGUAGUUGUUGUCGAAAAAAUGUUGAUUUUUUACGGGUUGGGGAAACAGAAACCAUGAAAACAUUUCAUGAGUGUUUGAAAGAUUAUCAAACUUUAACAAUAAUCAAGGGCGUUGUUUAUCCAGUGAAUGCAAAAAGACCAAGCCCAUUGGAGAACAAUGAACAGUCAAAACAACAUCAAGAACAACAACAACAAAAACACUUGAAACAACAAGAAAAGUUAAAACCAUCACAACAACAGGAACAACAGCAACAACGUAAAGACAAAUUUUGGGAUGAUGAUGUAAAAGAGAUUUUAAUUGAAAAGGUGAAAAAAAGACCUCCUUUGUGGAAUUACACAUUGCCAAUAAAAGAGAGAACAGCAGGAAUCACUGGAAUCUUAUGGGAUGAUAUUGUUCAAGAAUUGACAGAUCAGUUUCCAGAAUAUGAGUUUGAUGUGAAAGAAGUCAAGGAUAAGUGGAAAAACCUAAAAGACUAUUUCAACAGGCUAAAAGUCAUGAGAAAAGGAACCACAGGAUCUGCUGGUGGAUCACAGCCAGACCUGUGGAUCCACGAAAAAGCCCUUGGUUUUUUAGAUGAGGAAAUUGAAUUGGAUGAAACUAUUUCUAAUAUACCUUGCGAGCCUUCUGCACCUGUUCAAUUCCGCAGGGGUCAAAAAAGAAAAAAUGAUUCAGUUGAGAAGCUUGUUACUGCUGUGACUAACUUAGUAAAUAGGGGAGGAAAUGACAACAACAACAAUAACAACAAUACCCCAAUUGGACCUGGUGAUCCAUCAAAAAAUCCAAAGGUUAUAAAUUGA